AUGGCAACCCCAUCCUCGUUCAUGGACCUCCUCCAAAACGCGGAGGUGGACCUCGGAGCUCCGCCCCUAGACCCCUUUAGGGUUGGUGACGACUUGGAGGAAAAGGAGGAAGAUGAGGAGGAUGAAGGGGAUGACGAGGAGGAGGUGGCCGAGAUAGGGGAGGAGGCAUUCACCGCCGCUUCCCGCCCACACGCGCGGUCGACAAACUACACCGAGCCGGAAGAUGUCCUCUUGGUUCGUGCUUGGGCAGCUAUGGGAAUGGAUGCAACCACCGGCACCGAUCAAACCGGUAAACGGUAUUGGCAAAGGAUCGAGGACGUCUAUUGUAGGAUCAAGCCGAAGAAUAGUGGGUUCAUCCAUCGCACUUUCCGGUCGCUUCAAGGCCGGUGGGAGUUGAUCAAGCCCGCUUGUGCUCGUUGGAGUGCGGCCAUGGACCAAGUGAGGGAUGCACCACCUAGUGGAACCGUGGAGAGCGACUAUGAGACAAUUGCCGGCAUGAGGUACAAGGAGAUGGCCGCUUCCAAGGGCAAGCCAUUCCCAUUUAAGCAUGUUUGGUCAAUUCUUCAAACCUUUGACAAGUGGAAGUUGAGGGAUCAAGAGACCGCACCCAAGAAGUCGGCAAUGCUAAGGAUGGAUGAUAGUGAAGAUGAGGAGGAGAGGAACUUGGGCAAGCCCGAGGGAACCAAGAAGGGCAAGCUAAGGGUGAAGAUGGAAGAAGAGGCGUCAAGCCUAAGGGAGAAGAUGGACCACAUGAUGAAGGCAAGAGAGGAAUUGACAACGAAGACAUUGGAGACGAAGCUUCUUAUCACCGAGAAGAAGAAAGAGGUCAAGCUUGCACAAGUUGAAGCAAAGCGUGAAGAAGCAAAGCGCAAGGCCGAGUUGGAGGAGAGGAUGAUCAAGCUCAAAGAGGCAAAGGUAUGGAAAGAACUCAUGGUGGAAGAGAAAGAGCACAUUAUGAUGUCCAAGAAGGACAUGGAUCAAGACCAAUUGCAAUGGUGGAAGGACACCAAGGAGGACAUCGCAGAGAGGAAGAGGAUGUUCCGUGUUGCGUCCUCUACUUUUCGAGGUGACACUCCGAUGAGUAGUUGUGGUGAUGGCGGUGUGUACGACUCCACCGGUGCCGAUGGAGAUGCUUGAUGGAGCCCGCUUGUGGUCUAGGAGAUGGCGCCGAGGUGCAACUUUUUGGUGAUGGUGCCGAUGAGAGGAGGAAGAUGAUGAUUUUGUGAUGUAAACUAUUAAACCAUGCAUCAAUGAUUGUCAUUUGGUAGUUUGUUUGGAA